ACCACCGCCGCCCACCACUACCACCGCCCACCACCGCCGCCCACCACUACCACCGCCCACCACCCACCACCACCGCCGCCCACCAGUGCCCAGUCAGCGAUGGACUCCGAAGCAGUUGUCAAGGAAGUGUUUUCUCUCUACGAAACGUAUGGCGACGUCGACUACAUCGGAGAGGCGGUGACGCAGAGGCAACACGCCCUCCAAGCCGCUCGCUUCGCAGAGGAGGAGGAGUUCCCCGCGGAGAUCAUCCUCGGCGCCCUCCUGCAUGACGUAGGCCAUCUGGCGGGCAUGCGAGACGGAAGCGAGCGCAUGACCACGAAUGACGUAACACUCGGGGCGGCUAACCAUGACGUCAUAGGUGCUGAGUACCUGGCCCGCCUCGGCUUCCCUCCUGCAGUCACGGCCUUCGUCAGGUACCACGUACAGGCCAAGAGGUUCCUGGUGGCUACUGACGCCGGGUAUUAUGAGACCCUCACGGAAGCGAGCAGGAUGACCCUCGAUCAUCAAGGAGGACCGAUGACGGAGGAGGAGGCGAGGACUUUCGCCCAGGACCCGCAGUUCGACGUCAUUUUGAGGAUGAGGAGGUGGGACGAGAGAGCCAAAGACCCCGAGGCUGUGACGCCGCCCUUGGAACACUACAAAGACAUGUGUUUGAGGUUUCUGCAGGAGAGCGAGGCGGCGGCGGCGGCGGCAGGGGAGGCGGGAAAGAAGAUUUAAAAUAUUCGGAAAACGCGUCGAAAGAAAAGGCUCCGUUUUCUGUUUCUUCUUGUUUUUCUUUUAAUUUUUUCGUAUCCGUCAUAUAUUUUUCUGUUUUUUGUUGUUGUUGUUGUCUUUUUGGUUUGACUGAUUAAAGCGUUUAGCUAGAAACGGUAAAUUAAAAUGUUUGGAUUAAU